AUGCUGGGGAGACUGCUGUGGCGGCAGGUGGCUUGGCCGGUCCUGCACCCUGCCAGAGCCAUCGGUGACAACGCGAAGGGCGCUCAGGACGUGUCUUUGCAGACGGCUAAUCCAGGUCACAGACCUUUCAAAAAUGACAGAAGGCCUACAGAUUUUGAUAAAAAGGUGUUAGUAUGGGCAGGACGCUUUAAAAAGGAGGAAAUUCCCAAGCACGUAUCGUCUGAGGUCCUCGAUGCAGCAAGGAACAGUGUCAGGAUAAAGGUUUGCUACAUCAUGAUCGCACUAACCUUGCUGGGCUGUUUGGCCAUGGUGAUCACAGGCAAAGAAGCGGCUAAAAAGGAUCACACGCUGCUGAGGAUGAACAUGGAAAAGAAGGCCAAAUGGAGGGCUGAAGUGGAGAAAGAUCAGGAAGCAGCUGUUGGGAAGGCACAGUGA